AUGACAUUGAGUGUUAUUGAAGCAAGUCCAUUAAGAUGUAUUGAAGAAUUUAAUUCUAAUUUACAAGAAAAGAACGAUGGUUUGACCAAGCUGACAAAAGCGGAAUCAGCGUCAUUGAAGAAACUCGAGGAUGCUGGUGACAAUGCAGAAGAAGCCAUCUCCUAUAGAGACAGUUCUGCGGUUGGUAAAGCAUUAAUUGAUCAUGUCAAUCAGAUUGAUCAUGAAGAAUGUGAUGCUGGUGACGAAGAUUCAUUUUUCGUUUGCAAUUUAAAUCAAGUUGUUAAAUCGGUUCAAACUUGGCGCAAACAUUUACCAAGAAUUCAACCUCAUUAUGCAAUCAAAUGUAAUACCAACAUCGAAGUUAUUAAAUUGUUGCAUCAAUUGGGUGUCAACUAUGAUUGCGCAUCCAAGAAUGAAAUUGAUACAGUUUUGGAAUUGGGUAUUGAAGCUGAAAAGAUUGUUUACGCUAACCCAUGUAAGACCAAUUCAUUCAUUAGACAUGCGAAAGCAAGUAAUGUUAAUUUGACUACCGUUGACAAUGUUCAUGAAUUGCACAAGUUGGCCAGGUUCCACCCUGAAUGCAAAAUUUUGAUAAGAAUCAUGACUGACGAUGAAGGUGCUCAAUGUAGAUUGAGUACUAAAUUUGGUUGUAGUUUGACUACAGCCGUUGAGUCUAUUUUACCCUUGGCUCAGAGAUUAGGUUUAUCAGUUGUUGGUGUUGCAUUCCAUGUUGGAUCCGGAGCUAAAGAUUUUGAUUCGAUUUACAAAGCUAUUCGUGAUUCAAGAGUUGUUUUCAAUUGUGGUAUUGCGUUGGGAUUUAACAUGAAUUUAUUAGAUAUUGGUGGUGGCUUUGAAUUUGAAACUUUUGUCGAGUCAUCCAAAAUGGUUAAUGUUUCAAUUGAUGAAUUUUUCCCACAGGAAUUUAUUGAUGAGCACAAGAUUAGAUUCAUUGCUGAACCAGGUAGGUUCAUGGUUGCAAACGCAUUCACAUUGGCCACUCACGUCAUUGCUAAACGUGAAUUACAACAUCAAGAACGCGCUGAUAAUCAAGACCACAUCAAAGCAAUGUUGUACAUCAAUGAUGGUGUUUAUGGAAACAUGAAUUGUAUUUUGUUUGAUCAUCAACAACCAAAAGCUCAUGUUUUGAAAAAUGGAUCACAUUUCCAUUACAUUUACAUGGAGAGAGGAUUGAAUAAUGACAACGACAACAAAUGUACACUUAAUUAUUCAAUUUGGGGACCGACAUGUGAUGGUUUGGAUUGUGUUUCAACCAAGAGCCAAUUAGAUUGUGAAGUAGAAGUUGGUGACUGGUUAUAUUUCCCCAACUUAGGAGCAUAUACCAGUGCUGCUGCUACUCAUUUCAAUGGAUUUGAAAAUAAUACAAAGAUUAUUUAUAUUCCAGUUGAGUGA